CAAAAUUAAUGUAAAGAGAAAAUACAUACAACGGUAAAAAAGGCGAGGAAAAACUAAAUAAUCAGUAAACUAUUUUCGAAAAACUGUCAUUCAGCUAGGAGGACAUGGAAACCAAAAUGACUGAUCCGGAGGCAAAUCAAAAAUUAUUGCUAAAAGCGGUAAAGAAAGCAUACAAAGCACAGAAAUUGCUAAACGAAGCCAUCAAGCGAUUGGAGGCUUCAAGCGAAAAGCAGAAGAAGAAGCACAAGGAGCCGAAACAUAUUGAAAAUAGUAGCUCUAGUUCAAGUUCUGGUACAAGCUCCAGCUCCAGUUCGAGUUCUAGCUCUAGCUCGAGUUCAAGUUCCAGUUCUAGUGACACUGAUGGCGAAACAUUUAUCGAUUUGAUGAACGAAGUGGGCAAACCGUCCAAGCGUCACCAUGGACGUAAACACCAUCAUGGACGACGUAAUCGUCAUGGACGUGAUCGUUCGCGCUCCCGUUCGCAUUCUCGCGGAAGAUCUCGUGAUCACUCACGCGGUCAUUCUCGUGGAUGUUCUCGCGGACAAUCACGUGGUCAUUCUAAGACGCGUGAUCAAGAGUUGCGUCAACUGUCGAAAUGUUUUCGUGCCGCCAGCCUCCAAGCAGCUCCCUCUAUUCCGCAUGGUCGUCACCAGCAACACCACCGGCACUUGCGAUCACAUACUAGACCCGAAGUAGCUGGCAGAGCAAACAGAGGAUCUCGAUCUAAUUCACACGAAGGUCACAAAAAAUGCGAAGAUAACAAAAGGCGAAAGGAUAAGAAGGGCAAGGAGCCGAAAUAUAUUGAUACUUGUAGCUCUAGCUCAAGUUCUGGUACAAGCUCUAACUCCAGUUCGAGUUCUAGCUCUAGCUCAAGUUCCAGUUCUAGUGACACUGAUGGCGAAACAUUUAUCGAUUUGACGAACGAAGUUUGCAAACCUUCAAAACGUCACCAUGGACGUAAGCACCAUCAUGAAGGACGUAAUCGACGUGGACGUGAUCGCUCGCGCUCUCGUUCAAAUUCUCGCGGACGAUCACGUGGACGCUCUCGUGGUCACUCGCGUGGUCAUUCACGUGCAUGUUCUCGCGGAACUUCAAGGGGACACUCACGAGGUCAUUCCAAGACACGUGAUCAAGAGUUGCGUCAACUGUCGAAAUGUUUUCGUGCCGCCAGCCUCCAAGCAGCUCCCUCUAUUCCGCAUGGUCGUCACCAGCAACACCACCGGCACUUGCGAUCACAUACUAGACCCGAAGUAGCUGGUAGAGCAAACAGACGAUCUCGCUCUAAUUCACACGAACGUCACAACAAAAGCGACCAGAAGAAACAGUGUAAGAAUAAGAAGCGUCACAGCGCUAAGGAUCAGUCAAAACAUGAGCCUGAGAGAUUUCAAAGUCUCGGCUAUUAUACGAUGGUGCCAGUUCAUUACGACGAAGGGCGCAGGCAGAGACGCAGGGCACACAGUGAGCCUCGUCAUUAAUGUGGGCAGUGAUACAGAAGUUGUUCCGUUUCAACUUCUAUAUUGUAUACAUUACUACCUUUAUAUUUAACAACACAUAUAAAAAAACGAACAAAUAAUGCCAAAGAAAGUAUUAAUCAAAAAUAAAUUUUGAA